UAUCACCGUGUAAAGGUGGUGUUUAUCUCUGAUAAGGCUAACGACUAGCCAAUAAAAAGCGAGAAGGGAAGCUGGGGCUUAUUUUGCCUCCAACUUCCGCCUAGCAUCUUUGGCUUCACCUCUCUGUGUGCAGCAGUAAAGGAGGAGGGUCGAACCGGCUGCCCAGCUCCUCCUUGUGUCUCCGAUGGCGAGUGUUCUGCGUGUGGUUGCCAGCAGCUGCUCCAGCCCUCUCUUCACUGGACUGGCCUCGGUCCGAACUGCAAAAGUGCCAUGUGUGCGCUUCUUCAGGACCCACCAGGCUCUGGCGCGCUCUGCUAGCCUAGGUAUUCCUUACAAACAGCUGACGGUCGGCGUUCCUAAGGAGAUCUUUGAGAAUGAGCUCCGGGUGGCACUCUCACCCGCAGGGGUGGAUGCUCUCGUCAAGCAGGGCUUCAACGUGGUGGUGGAGUCGGGUGCCGGAGAGUCCGCCAAGUUCCCCGAUGAGCUGUACGCCAAAGCUGGAGCGACUGUCAAGGGAGUCAAAGAUGUGCUGUCCUCUGACAUUGUGGUUAAGGUUCGUGCCCCCAUGCUGAACCCAGCUCUGGGUGUACACGAGACAGACCUGAUGAAGGAAGGCGCCACUCUGGUGAGCUUUAUCUACCCGGCUCAGAACCCGGAGCUGAUGGAUCGUUUGGCUAAGUGCAAAGCCACAGUGCUGGCCAUGGACCAGGUGCCCCGUGUCACCAUCGCUCAAGGCUACGAUGCCCUCAGCUCUAUGGCCAACAUCGCUGGAUAUAAAGCCGUGGUCCUGGCAGCAAACAACUUUGGCCGCUUCUUCACCGGUCAGAUCACCGCUGCAGGAAAAGUCCCCCCCGCUAAGGUGCUCAUCAUUGGAGGGGGUGUGGCCGGAUUGGCUGCUGCAGGAACUGCUCGGGCCAUGGGUGCCAUCGUCAGGGGCUUUGACACAAGAGCUGCAGCCUUGGAGCAGUUCAAGUCAUUAGGAGCCGAGCCGCUGGAGGUGGACGUGAAGGAGUCUGGAGAAGGCCAGGGCGGAUAUGCUAAAGAGAUGUCCAAGGAGUUCAUCGAGGCUGAGAUGAAGCUGUUUGCCAAACAGUGUUUGGAUAUUGAUAUCCUCAUCAGCACUGCUCUUAUCCCGGGUCGUAAGGCUCCGGUGCUUAUCACAAAGGAGAUGGUGGAGACCAUGAGGGACGGUUCAGUAGUGGUGGAUCUGGCUGCCGAGGCAGGUGGCAAUAUCGAAACCACGGUCCCUGGACAGCUGACGGUUCACAAAGGCGUGACCCAUAUUGGCUUCACAGAUCUUCCAAGUCGCCUUCCAACUCAGUCCAGUACCUUGUACUCCAACAACCUCACCAAACUCAUCCGUGCCAUCAGCCCAGACAAGGAGAACUUCCAAUUCGAGGUGAAGGACUCCUUUGACUACGGAACAAUGGACCACGUCAUCCGGGGUACAGUCGUCAUGCAGGAUGGAAAAGUACUUUUCCCUGCACCGCAGCCCAACAACAUCCCCGUGGCAGCGCCUCCCAAACCCAAAAGCGUGCAGGAGCUGGAGAAGGAGAAGGCUGCAGCCGUCUCGCCCUUUACAACCACGCUCACCACCGCCGGCGCCUACACUGGAGGUCUCGCUACAUUGAUGGGACUCGGCCUCUGCGCGCCCAACGCUGCCUUCACUCAAAUUGUGACUACCUUUGGACUGGCAGGAAUUGUGGGAUAUCAUACUGUAUGGGGGGUCACGCCUGCCCUCCAUUCUCCUCUCAUGUCUGUGACAAACGCCAUCUCCGGUCUGACUGCUGUCGGUGGGCUCUCUCUGAUGGGUGGAGGAUUCCUCCCGUCCAGCACCGCAGAAAGCCUGGCCGUACUCGCCGCCUUCAUCUCCUCCGUCAACAUCGCUGGUGGUUUCCUGGUCACUCAGCGGAUGUUGGAUAUGUUCAAGCGGCCCACAGACCCCCCGGAGUAUAACUACCUGUACCUGCUCCCGGCUGGCGCCUUCGUGGGAGGCUAUGGAGCGGCUCUGCACAGCGGCUACAACAUAGAGCAGAUGAUGUACCUGGGCUCUGGUUUGUGCUGUGUUGGUGCUUUGGGAGGUCUGUCCACUCAAUCCACAGCACGUCUGGGUAACGCCCUGGGUAUGAUCGGAGUGGCAGGUGGCAUCGCUGCAACUCUGGGAGUCCUGAAACCCUCCCCAGAGCUCCUGGGCCAGAUGAGCGCUGCCAUGGCUGUGGGUGGCACUGCCGGUUUAGCUAUCGCCAAGAAGAUCCAGAUUUCAGAUCUGCCUCAGUUGGUGGCUGCUUUCCACAGUCUGGUCGGUUUGGCUGCCGUGCUCACCUGCGUGGCCGAGUACAUGGUGGAGUACCCGCACUUCGCCACAGACCCUGCUGCCAACCUCACUAAGAUUGUUGCAUAUAUGGGCACCUACAUUGGUGGUGUCACCUUCAGUGGUUCCCUAGUUGCCUAUGGCAAACUGCAAGGUCUCCUGAACUCCGCCCCCCUCAUGCUCCCAGGCCGUCACGCUUUGAACGCCUGCCUCAUGGCUGCCAGCGUGGGAGGCAUUGUGCCCUACAUGCUGGACCCCAGCUACACCAUGGGCCUCACCUGCCUCGGCUCAGUUUCCGCCCUUUCGGCCAUCAUGGGGGUGACUUUAACUGCAGCCAUCGGCGGAGCAGACAUGCCCGUGGUCAUCACAGUGCUGAACAGUUACUCAGGCUGGGCUCUGUGUGCUGAGGGCUUCCUCCUCAACAACAACCUGCUCACCAUCGUCGGCGCGCUGAUCGGCUCAUCUGGAGCCAUCCUGUCCUACAUCAUGUGUGUGGCCAUGAACCGCUCACUGGCCAACGUCAUCCUCGGUGGCUAUGGAACCUCCUCCACCGGCACUGGGAAACCCAUGGAGAUCACCGGCACCCAUACCGAGGUCAACGUGGAGCAGACUGUGGAGAUGAUCAAGGAGGCCCAGAACAUCAUCAUCGUCCCAGGUUAUGGUCUGUGUGCAGCUAAAGCGCAGUAUCCCAUUGCUGAUCUUGUCAAGUCUCUGAAUGAACAGGGCAAGACAGUCAGGUUCGGCAUCCACCCCGUCGCUGGGCGCAUGCCCGGGCAGCUGAACGUGCUGUUGGCUGAAGCCGGCGUGCCGUACGACGUUGUACUCGAGAUGGACGAGAUCAACCAUGAUUUCCCUGACACUGACCUGGUGCUGGUCAUCGGAGCCAACGACACGGUGAACUCGGCUGCACAGGAAGACCCCAACUCCAUCAUCGCUGGAAUGCCAGUGCUGGAAGUGUGGAAGUCCAAACAGGUCAUCGUGAUGAAGAGGUCUCUGGGUGUGGGCUACGCAGCCGUGGACAACCCCAUCUUCUACAAAACCAACACCUCCAUGCUUUUAGGAGACGCCAAGAAGACGUGCGACGCAUUGGCUGCUAAAGUGCGUGAAGGUUAAACGGCUAAGCUCGGGAGCACCGGGCGUCCGUGAGGGAAGAAAAAUCGCCGCGCCCUUUGGGAAGGGAACAGGGUGUACAAAUUGACCAUUAUACCCCAAGUAGAAACGAUAAAGCUCCACUUCUUACCACACUCCAAUGUAUUUCUUUUCUUUUUUUAUCCCCCCCCAUCUGUGAAGAUUUAGUUUGUUUUUUGUUUAGUAUUUGAUGUGUCUUCUGCCUAAUUAAAUUAUACUAGAAGGUUAAAAAAAAAGCAUUAAUAAUUCGUCAGUAGGAGCUAAGCACAAAUUGUCAGGGAUUUUUUUUUUUUUUUUUUUUUUUUUU